GAAACCAUUGGCAGGCACCGGCUGAGGACAAGAGUUAAAGCCUAUCUUGGAUAGAGAGUAUUUAACCAUUUAGGUAAAAUGGUAUUUUUUACAUGCAAUGCAUGUGGUGAAUCAGUGAAGAAAAUACAAGUGGAAAAGCAUGUGUCUGUCUACAGAAACUGUGAAUGCCUUUCUUGCAUUGACUGCGCCUGCGGUAGAGACUUCUGGGGUGAUGACUAUAAAAACCACGUAAAGUGCAUAAGUGAAGAUCAGAAAUAUGGUGGCAAGGGCUACGAAGGCAAAGCCCACAAAGGCGACAUCAAGCAGCAGGCCUGGAUCCAGAAAAUUAAUGAAUUAAUAAGGAAACCCAAUGUCAGCCCCAAAGUGAGAGAACUGUUAAAGCAAAUUAGUGCUUUUGACAACGUUCCCAGGAAAAAGGCCAAAUUUCAGAAUUGGAUGAAGAACAGUUUAAAAGUUCAUAAUGAAUCCAUUCUGGAGCAAGUGUGGAAUAUCUUUUCUGAAGCUUCCAGCGAUGAGCCAUUUAGUAAGGGGCAAGAUCAGCAGCCUCUUAACCAAGUGGCAAAGUCAUGUUCAGAAGCCUCCACCAAGACUCCAGCGUCCUCCAAGGCUAAUGACUCCACAGAAAAGCCAGCAGAGGCAAAGAAGAAUAAAAGAGAAAGGAAGGAAGAACGGCAGAAGAACAGAAAAAGAGAAAAGAAAGAACUGAAAUUAUAAAAUCAUCAGGACAAUUCAAGGAGCCAAAAGCCCAAGAAGUGCAAAAAAGGACAGGAGGCUGACCUUGAGGCUGCAGGGGAGAGGGGGUCCACGGCCAAUGGCUCCAUAGGGAAGAAGGGCAAGAAGAAGAAGGGCCAGGGCAAGCAGGCAAGAGAGGCGGACGCCAACAGAGUCAGGGGCCCCAAGGAGGACCCCAGCAAGGUGGAGAUGAAGGCCACUGUGGGAAGAAGGAAGCGGAAGCACUCGAUAGCUGAAGCAGAUUCUAAGAUGAAAAAGAUGAAGUUCCCAGGACAACCUGAGGCUGGAGAAGCAGAGGACGAUGAAGAAGCUCCUAAGAAAGGUAAAUUCAACUGGAAGGGAACUAUUAAAGCGGUCCUGAGACAGGCCCCGGAUGGUGAGCUGUCGAUCAAGAAGCUAAGGAAAAAGGUUUUAGCUCAAUAUUACAUGAUGACAAACGACCGUUACAGAUGUGAAGAGGAGCUCUUGAUCAUCUUCAACAAGAAAGUCAGCAAGAACCCCACCUUCAAGUUAAUAAAGGACAAAGUCAAGCUUCUGAAAUGAGCAUUUCAUACUUAGAAACUGAGCCCAUUCUGUUGACUUCUUCCUCUUACUGCUGUUUGUAAAGUGUGUAGGGAAUUAGAACAACUCAAAUCUUGUUUUAUGAAGCUGUAUUUUUAAGUUAAGGAAAAAAUAUAUUUUUGUUAGAACUUUUAUG